AUGAUACUUUCUGGCGAUUUUAAACCGCCUGAAUGGUCAUCAUUAGAAGUGUUGGCACUUUCUGGCGGUUUCAUGUUUACUGAAUCUGAAAAUGUCAAUGACAUUCAGGAAGACAUGCUUAAUGAUAUUUGUGAUAAAGCUACUCAAGAACCUUCUGAGUCGAUGGACAAUGUGGUUGGCACUAGUAUGGCUUCAGAAAGUAUGGCAAUUGAAAAGACAUCAGAGGAAGUCCAAAAUAAUGGAUCCAGCCAAUCUGUCAAAGCUGAGAUAACAGAAGAGCAGAGAGCUCGUAUGGAAGCAAAUCGGUUGAAGGCACUACAAAAGCGUGCUGCUCUAGCCGGCUUUUCGCAGGCCUCCCAAAUUUGAUAUCAAUUGUAAAUGAAAACACUCUUUAUCGUUGUCUCAGUACCGGUUAUGCCCCCCCACCCAAAUGAAUUAUAGUUUAUUUUUUGGUUUGGUGAGUCGGUGACAAUGUUAUAUACCCGCUUGUGAGCAUGAUUUGUCAUAACAGUAAAUGGAUUCUUGUCGAUUAGCUUCAUGUUUAAGUUUUAAGCGCCGGGCUUACUUAAUUUGUUUGGGGGCACCUUAUCCCUAUUUACAGUACUA